UUUCUUUUCCCUUCUUUAUUCUUUUUCAUUUUCUCCUCUUCUACGAUACCCCUUCUCUCUCUCCGCUCGACGCCAACAUUGCCACCACCCUACCUACCCGGUUCCGGCCACCAAAUUGACGAAGGAAGGAGGCGGUCGACUCAUCUCGUGCUGCUGGUCAAGUUUCCGGCCUUCUCGUCGACCAGCAAAGCCUCCUGCGUCGCAAAUCGAAGCUGUCUCCUUCGACAACCCUCUCUCCCUCGAUUUUCCGGCGAUAGUGAGCUGCUCCGGCGACUCCUUUCACUUAGCUUUCGGGGUUAUUUUCUCCUCAACUCCAUUGUCUCUGUUUUAAAUCAUGAAAUUCCGGUAUGCCAUGGUUUGUUCAUCGAAUCAGAAUCGGAGCAUGGAGGCUCACUCUUUGCUCAAGAGACAAGGCUUUGAUGUGGCCUCCUACGGGACAGGGGCUCAUGUUAAGCUCCCUGGACCAUCACUGAGAGAACCGAACGUCUACGAUUUUGGAACCCCUUACAAGCAAAUGUUCGAUGAUCUCAGGCGCAAAGACCCUGACCUUUACAAGCGUAAUGGCAUACUGCCGAUGCUGAAAAGGAAUUCCUCUGUCAAAUUGGCACCUCAACGUUGGCAAGACAAUGCAGCUGAUGGGUCAUUUGAUAUAGUCUUCACAUUUGAAGAGAAAGUUUUCGACAUGGUUGUUGAGGGUAUCAGCAUCUUCCUUUUCCAUAUUUAUGAUCUGCAUAAUCGGGAUCAUGUUCUAAUGAAAAGUGUUCUGGUGAUCAACUUGGAAGUGAAAGAUAACCAUGAAGAGGCAGCCAACGGAGCUCGACUUGCUUUAGACCUGUGCCAAGAGAUCGACGCAGUGGAUUCAUGGGAGGAUUUGAUCGAUGAGAUCAUAACUGCAUUUGAGACUAAACACAGACGGAAGCUCUUAUACAGUAUCUCCUACUACUGAAGAUGUCUCAGACUUACCUAAUCUUUAUAUUAGUGUUUAGUUGGGAUUGUGAAGUUCUAGUUUCUCCAUUUUGGAUGUUCUUCCACAACGUUACUUUGGCUGAUAAUAGUUCUAAGGUGAGACUGAGAAGGUCGAUGAACUACUUUUAUUUUUCAAAUUUUUACUGACUCUUUCUAUA